AGGAGGCGGGCCCGUGACGGGGCGUCGGGCCCUCCGCGCGGAGAGCCGCGAGCAGCUGCUCCUCCUGGCUCCCUUCGCAGUGGUUCUGACCGGUACGAGGUCGUCUCGUGAAGGAGUUUUCUCGUGGUUUGGGUGUAAAGGCUAGUUUCGGCUCGGGAGCUGGAUGGGAAGCAGCCACAGCGAGGGAGGCUGCAGGGGCGGCGGGCAUGGGGGAGCGCCUUAGCACGGGGAGCUCCCCGCCGGAGCCAGACGGAACCGCCCCCGAGCCGCGUCUUCCAGGCGCGGAGACUCAGCCUCCGCUGCCCACAGUCAGUGGAAGGACACCAAGGCCACAGCAAGAGGACGAUGCCGGACCGCCGCCUGCUGAACCGCAAGGCCAGGAAGCCGGCGGCGGCGGCGGGGCUCCUUUGGAGGAGGGUGCAGGCUCGGAAGCGCGAAGUAGCAACAGCUGCCGGCUUCCUUUGAGGCCCGUCUCCUGUGCGGAGAGCGACCAGUCCCGCCUCGGCCCGCCUGCCUCUCCAAGUCCGGGAGAUGGCCGACAAGAGGACCCCCUUCCCGCCGUCUCGCCGCCCUCCCAGCCAAGUGAAGCGGGAGCUGGAGGAAAAGACACCCCUCCCGGGAACAUCGAGGUCGACCUGUACCUUCUGCCCGAAUCUUUCUCCGGGCUGAUCUCUGGGGACUUCGGGCCCCUCCUGGUGCUGCCUUGCCGCGUCUGCCUGGAGGAGAAGUCCCUGAAGCCACUACCGUGUUGCAAGAAGCCAGUUUGCGAAGUGUGCCUCAAGCGCUAUCUCAGCUCGCAAGUGCAGGUGGGGCAAGCAGAUAUCCCAUGUCCGAUUACAGAAUGCAGUGAACAUCUGGAUGAAACCACCAUCCUCUUCAACUUGCCACAUGAUGACAUCAUCAAAUAUAAAUACUUCCUGGAACUUGGCCGUAUUGGCUCAAGCACCAAGCCAUGCCCUCAAUGCAAGCACUUUACAACCUUCAAGAAAAGAGGUCAUAUUCCGACCCCUACCAAAACGGAGAACAAGUACAAAAUCCAGUGCCCAACCUGCCAAUUUGUGUGGUGCUUUAAGUGCCACUCUCCGUGGCAUGAAGGUGUCAACUGCAAAGAGUUCAAAAAGGGAGACAAACUGCUACGUCACUGGGCCAAUGAAAUUGAACAUGGGCAAAGAAAUGCUCAAAAGUGUCCAAAGUGCAAGAUUCAUAUUCAGAGAACAGGAGGUUGUGACCAUAUGACUUGCUCACAAUGCAACACUAACUUCUGUUACCGCUGUGGAGAGAGAUACCGCCAGCUUCGUUUCUUUGGAGAUCAUACAUCAAACCUUAGUAUAUUUGGAUGCAAAUACCGCUACCUCCCUGAGAGUCCACAUUUAAGGAGAUUUGUAAGAGGUUCUGUCUGCGGUGGGAAGUUACUUAUUGCACCAGUGAUAUUGGUUUUGGGACUGGUAAUAGGAGCUGUAGUUGUUCUAGUAGGUUUAUUUGUGUUUCCCAUCUAUUGCCUUUGUAAAAAGAAGAAGAAAAGGCCACAAACAGAAAUGCCCUGGUACGAGUGAAGAGUUGUGCAUCUGAAUGGAGCUGAUCCUGCAAGGCUUAUGCAAAAUAACAGCAACAUAGGAAUACUGUGCUGGUUAACUGUCUUGACAUCACAACCCUGGCAGAGAUUAGGGACCAUCUGCCAUAUUCCUUUUGCACUGUACACUACUAAAGACAAGCCAGAAUGCUGCUCUGAUCUGGGGCCUCAGACAAAAUGAAGGUUUAUCAACUUAAAAAAAAGGGUUUUAAAAACUCCCAACCCAACUGCCUAGGGUUUAGUUCAACUCUCCUUUCUUGAACAGCUUAUAUCUGCACUGUAGCUGCAUAUCUACUGAUAAGCUCAUGAAAGGAGUAUAUAAUUCAGCAACAUUUUUCUCCAGUUACUGACAAUAAUUCUAGAACUUUUACAGAAGCAAUUUGAGUGAAGGUGACUUCUCUUCAGGGGUUGGUUCCAUGCUGGCAAUUGAUUAACAGUAUUCUGUUUUGGUGAUUGGUAUGAUCAUCAACAGUAUGAUGAUUGGUAGUAUCUGGUGCUGAAUGCAGUAAUUAUCUUACACAUGAACCACAUUAUUAGCUGUUGACAGAUGCCCAGAAUAGAAAUGAGAAAUGAUUAGAACAGCAUGAAUGUCUCAUACUUUACUACCGUUUGAAAAGGUGGAAGAAUUAGCUUGGAUGUUUGGGAGAUAAUGUCAUCCAUUUAUAGUGUUUUGGAUUGCAUAAGCAGUUCGCUCUGUCUAACUUAAUUAGAGAGACAAAAACCUGCUCUGUGGUGGUUCUGUGGUAUCUUGACAUGCAGGCCUUGUCAUCCAUAUCAAUACUGCAGAACAGUAGCAUGACUCCUAGUAUGCAACAGAAAUCAAGGAUGUUUCCAAGAGUUAGGAAAUGCAGAAAACAAUACAUCUUGCAGAUUGUCUUUCACAGUGUUCAGCGAAGUCCAUGUCAGAAAAUAACACUUUGCUGUGAGGUAAUCCACAUAUAUUACAUUUCCACAGAACUGCAUCAGUUUAUGUCUAAAACUGUUUCUAGUUCUUCCCUAAGAAAAUCUAGGAAUGUCCAUAGUUCAGGAAAGUGUUCUUAAUGUGAGGCCAAUUAAAACACAGUGCCAGUUGGUCUGGUUCUUCAUAAUGGUG